GGGGUUAAGAGAUGAGAUUUUACCUUCCCAUGACCAUCAUUGUCCUUUCACUUUCAAAAGAACCAGAGUCGAUUCUCUCCGCCACGUGUAAUUCCCACCUCACUGUAAAAAAAAAAUAAAGAAAAAGAAAAAGGGAAAAUGCGGCGAGUGAUGACGUCAGCAGUUUGAGCAAGCAGAUCUUGCAGCGGAAAGAAGCUUGCUUCCCUUCCUACACGCACUCUGUGUUUCUCAACUUUGUCUUCUCUCUUUCUUCCUCUCUGAGCGAAAGAAAAUUUUUACAGCCAAAGAAAGAGCAAAGAAAGAGAUGAAAUUGGGAGAGAAAAAGAGGAGAAGAAGCAAAAUUCACCAUGAAAGCUCAUUGUGAUAAUUAUCGUUUCAGCUUCUUUUUUAUUCUAUUAUCAUUGAUCAUUUCACCAUCAUCAUCUUCUCUGCCUGAAACUACUGAUCCCACAACUCAGAGAAGAAUCCUCCACGAGCCUUUAUUUCCAGCCAGCUCAGCCCCACCACCUGGGACAGAUUCAUUAUCACCACCGCCUCCUCCCGACAACCAGGAUUUGCCGAACCCAGACCAGCCCUUCUUCCCUGAGGUCCCAACUGGGCCGACCCCGGAUCAAAGUCAACCUGCACCAGCAUCACCAGCCAAUGGCACCAUUCCAAUCCCAACUGCAACACAACCAGCGAAACCGGCUAAGAAAGUGGCAGUUGCAAUCUCAGUUGCAAUUGUCACUCUGGGAAUGCUGUCGGGUCUCGCAUUCUUUUUAUACCGUCACCGGGUUAAGCAUCCAAGCGAGACUCAGAAACUCGUCGGAGGCAAUUCUCAGAGAUUUCCGGAUGAAUCUGUGGUACCCAACUCUAGUGUUCUUUAUAUGGGCACUGUGCAGCCAGGCAGGACAUCGGGGGAACUGAAUGGAACAACAAAUGAAGCCAAUGUUUCUCCUUAUCGCAAGCUAAAUUCUAUCAAGAGAUCGGAUCGGUAUAGGCCUAGCCCUGAUUUGCAGCCUCUGCCGCCAUUGCCUAGGCCGCUUUCUCAGCAUGACAAUGACGACGAAAAUUCUCCAUCUUCUUCAGUUUCAUCGUCGGACGGGGAGAGCCACGGGACGGCAUUUUACACCCCGCACGGCUCUGCCAUCAGCAACGAUGAUGUUUAUUUUACGCCGCUGGCGGUUUCAGCUCCCCGUACGUUUGGUAAUGGUACCUGGGCUAAGCCUGCCAAUGGUGGUUCUGUUCCUCAUUCUAAAAGGACCUCCCCCAAGACGCGAUUCUCUUCGGUUUCUUCGCCGGAAAUGAAGCACGUCAUCAUACCGACAAUAAAGCAGCCAAUACCGCCAACAGGAUCACCUAAUCCACCACUGCCUCCAACACUAAUCCAGCAGGAUCAUGCUGAGAUUACUGAGCCGAUUUCGUAUACACCCAAAAAGCCAAAAUUCUCACCGCCUCCAUCACCACCUAAUAUGACCCUUCUUCGAUCAUUAAACAACCAGCAAUCAGGUAAAAUUUCACGUCCACCUCCGCCUCCUCCACCACCACCUCCUCCUCGGAUGACGGCAUUAUCAACUCCAAAGAAAACAGGGUCCUCGGGAACAGCUAAAACAAGCGUUUGUUCAACUUCUGCCACCGUGUCAUCGAAGCAGCAGGCCUGGACAUCAAGCCCCAGAGCCAUUUCCAAUACUGAAUCUCCAAGAAUUAUUGAGCAAGUCGAUAGAGGGAUCAGUUCCUCAGAGAAAACUGAUGUAGAGGAGCAGGAUGGAGCAAAGCCCAAGUUAAAGCCUCUACAUUGGGACAAAGUGAGGGCAACCUCAGACAGAGCCACAGUGUGGGACCAGCUAAAAUCCAGCUCGUUUCAAUUAAACGAGGACAUGAUGGAGAGUCUUUUCGGCUGCAAUUCAACGAAUUCAGUUCCAAAAGAACCCACUAGAAGAUCAGUUCUGCCUCCUGUUGUGCAAGAGAACAGAGUGUUGGAUCCAAAGAAGUCACAGAACAUCGCCAUCUUGUUAAGAGCACUGAAUGUGACCCGUGAUGAAGUCUCUGAAGCCCUCUUAGAUGGCAACCCUGAAAGCUUGGGUGCUGAGCUUUUGGAAACUUUGGUAAAGAUGGCUCCAACCAAAGAGGAGGAGAUAAAACUUCGAGAAUACAGUGGUGACAUCUCCAAACUAGGUUCUGCAGAACGUUUUCUCAAGGCAGUACUUGAUAUUCCAUUUGCUUUCAGAAGAGUUGAAGCCAUGCUAUAUAGAGCCAAUUUUGAUACAGAAGUUAAAUAUCUGAGGAGAGCUUUUCAAACCCUAGAGGAAGCAAGUGAGGAACUGAAAAGUAGCCGGCUAUUUCUAAAACUCCUUGAAGCUGUUCUGAGAACAGGGAACCGGAUGAAUGUUGGAACCAAUCGUGGUGAUGCUAAAGCAUUCAAACUUGAUACACUCCUAAAACUUGUAGAUAUAAAGGGAACUGAUGGAAAGACAACAUUACUCCACUUUGUGGUUCAGGAAAUUAUUAGAUCUGAAGGUGCAGGCACUGAUUCUACAAAUGAGAUUCCUCAGGAAAGUGCAAACUCCAAGUUUAGGGAGGAUGACUUCAGGAAGCAAGGAUUGCAAGUUGUUUCUGGACUGAGUAGAGAUCUCAGCAAUGUCAAGAAGGCAGCAGGGAUGGACUCUGACGUUUUAAGUAGUUAUGUUACAAAGCUUGAACUGGGGCUUGAGAAAGUCAGGUCGGUUUUGCAAUGUGAGAAACCAGAUAUGCAGGGUAAAUUUUUCAACUCAAUGAAGCUGUUUCUAAGAGAGGCCGAAGGGGAAAUCAAUAGAAUCAAGGCUGAUGAAAGAAAGGCUUUAUCACAUGUGAAGGAGGUCACAGAGUACUUUCAUGGGGAUGCAGCAAAGGAGGAAGCUCAUCCUUUGCGCAUUUUCAUGAUUGUAAGAGAUUUCCUAACCAUAUUGGAUCAUGUGUGCAAGGAAGUGGGAAAGAUGCAGGACAAAACAAUGAUGGGCUCGGCCAGAUCCUUCCGAAUAUCUGCAAGUGCUUCAUUACCAGUUCUUAACAGAUACAAUGCAAGACAAGAUAGAAGUUCAGAUGAAGAAAGCUCUUCUCCUUGAAACCAUGUUUAUAUGAACACAUGAACCUUUUGGAGGAUAACUAAAUAGCUUAUACUUAAAGCGGUUAUUAGAUUCAUUUUGUAUUGAAGCAGCAGCGUGGAAUAUCUGUUUGUUUUGGUCACAGGCAUGUCAAAAGAAGCAGGAUUAUGGAGACAGGGAAACUAAAAAAUGGUCUUUCAUUAUCUGGAAGAUCCUGGUGCACAAACAGACACAAUUAUUAUUUUUGUAACAGGAGGAGCAACACAUAUUGUAUGAGAAUUAUUUAGAUAUAAGCCAUCCACAGACCAAAUAUUACUGUAUGAUAGUAACAUUAGAAAUUUGUUGGAAGGCUUUACCCAUUCAAGAAAGAGUCAAUUGGUGUGCACCAGACAAUAAAGAUUAUUUUGCCUUUUUGGCCAAAACAAGGAAAAAUGGGGCAUUGAU